AUGCUUCAAAAUUUUAUUCAAUUUUAAUCAUCUAUAGGUAAUUAUUAUUUUAUUAUUCUUAAAGAAAAUAGAGAUAAAUUACUUAAAUUUUUAUAAAAUUGGCAAUUGUUAAGAAGUUAUAUGCUUAUAGGAUAUAAUAAUGAAGAAUCAGAGACUAAAUUUUAUAUAUAUUGUAUAUUAAAUCUUUAAAAUAGAACAAUUAUAUAUAUGCAGAAGAUUAUUUAGACUUGGAAAGAGUCUUUAAACAAUCUUAAAUAUCUUAGAAAAGAAAUAAUUAUAAAAUUCAAAAAAAGCAUACAAUUAAAUACCACACACUGUGAAUGAAAUGUCCAUAUAUUCAGUGUAUAUAUUCUAUUUCUUUUUUCAUUUGAUUGAAAAUAUCAUGGUCAUUCAUUAAAUGGGAUUUUUUGGCAAAAGAUUUAAUCAUAAAUUAUUAAAAAUAGUAUCACAUACAUUUUGGACUUUGGGAUUACUAACAUAACUUAUAUAUUAUUUCAAUAGACUUAGAUCAGCAUUUCGAAGGUAUUUUAAUCUUUAUUAGAGAGAGAGUAAGAAUUGAAAUCUUAAAUCUAAAAUGGAAUGACUAAUGGAGAGUUUUUAGAAUAAUUGAAAUCUUUAUCUAAAGAAAGAUAUUAAUAUGGAUUAUUAAUAUUAAGAAUUAUUGGUGAUCUAGCAUGUGCUAUGUAGAAAGCAUAGAUUCCAGAAAAAAUUGUAUUGAAUUCUUAUUAUUCUAGUUACAUACUAGGUUUAAUAGAGGUCUAGUUGCAUGUGGAGGAAUAUUGAGUUCAACCAUUUAAAUCUAUUUACAAGCAGCAAAAAUAAAUAAAAAAUAGAACUUCGUUGAAAUAUGA